AUCCUCAGCGCGGCGGAUAAGAGAAGAAAGAAGAAGAAGAAGAUGCAAACGCUUCUCAUUCAUCCAUCUAAGUCUCUCUUCACUUCCCCGAUUCGCAGCUCCGGUGACGUCUACUUCAAAUCACCGGAGAAAGCUUCGCAGUUUCAGCAGUUUCAUAAUAGAGCCCUAAGCCUCUCUCCGUUUCGUAGCUCCGCUCCGUGUCGCGAUUUCGCCGUUCGGAGAUUUUGCGUUUCCGAUGUGCAAAACGGAGGAAUCGUGGCGGAGGAGGAGGAGGAGGAGCUUGAGCUGUUGAACAAGCCUAAUCCUGUACCGAAACAAGACGAGGAGGAGGAGGAGAAUGAGCGUGGGAAGAAGAAGAAGAAAGCAGACGACGACGAGAUUCUCGAGCCGUUUCUCAAAUUCUUCAAGCACGAAGAAGAAGAAGAAGAAGUAGAAGAAGAAGAAUCGGAGGAGGAGAUGGAGACGGAGAGAGUCACGGUGGAGUAUUACGAUCCCAAGCCAGGAGAAUUCGUGGUUGGUGUUGUGGUAUCCGGUAACGAGAACAAGAUCGAUGUGAGCAUCGGUGCGGAUAUGUUAGGGACGAUGCUGACGAAGGAGAUACUUCCUUUGUACGACAGAGAGUUGGAUUACUUGCUGUGUGAUUUGAAGUACGACGCUGAAGAGUUCUUGGUUCACGGUAAAAUGGGGAUUAUUAUGGAUGGUGAUGGCGAUGGAGAGGGUGUUGGAGUUGCGGAGUUUGCGCGGCAAGGGAGACCUGUGGUGGAGAUAGGGACGGUGAUUUUCGCGGAGGUUUUAGGGAGGACGUUGAGUGGGAGGCCUUUGCUUUCUUCUAGACGUUACUUUAGGAGAAUCGCUUGGCACCGUGUGAGGCAGAUCAAGCAGCUUAAUGAGCCUGUUGAAGUGAAGAUAACUGAGUGGAAUACUGGUGGGCUUCUCACGAGAAUUGAGGGUUUGAGAGGGUUUAUUCCAAAGCAGGAGCUGGUGAAGAGAGUGAAUAGCUUCACUGAGUUGAAGGAAAAUGUGGGUCGUAGACUGGUUGUGCAGAUAACGCGAUUGAAUGAAGACAAAAACGACUUGAUACUGAGUGAAAAAACAGCCUGGGAGAAGCAGUACCUUAGAGAAGGAACACUCUUAGAAGGAACAGUUGCCAAAAUCUUACCGUAUGGAGCCCAGGUCAAACUCGGGGAUAGUAGUAGAAGUGGAUUGCUGCACAUUUCAAACAUAACCCGCAGAAGAAUUGGAUCUGUUAGCGACGUGCUUCAGGUGGACGAAAGCUUAAAAGUUCUGGUUGUGAAAUCUCUAUUUCCAGACAAGAUAUCUUUAAGCAUUGCAGAUCUUGAAAGCGAGCCGGGGUUGUUCAUCACAAAUAGAGAGAAAGUGUUUAUGGAGGCUGAAGAAAUGGCAAAGAAGUACAGAGAAAAGAUGCCUACGAUAACAACAAGAAGCGAGAUUACUACUGAUCCUCCUCCUCCGAUCACAAGCAGCUUCCCUCAGGGCAAGGACGAAGAGAUCUAUGCUAACUGGAAGUGGUUCAAGUUCGAGAGCCAGUGAACAUAAUUGCAACAUGUUGUACAAUGACUGUAUUUGAAUUUUGCGAUUGUUAUAUGUUACUAUGAGUAAAUUAUUUCAAGUUCUUCAUUCACAGAA